CCAAUUUUCUCUGCCUCCCUUCUUCCUUACCCUGUUCUUAUUCUAGGGUUUUCUCAAUAUCCGUGUCAAAGCUUCGAUCUUUAGAAUCCAUGGCGGAGUUGCUGAGCAAAAGCUGCAUCUUUCCCCAGAUCGAAAACCAGUCUUCAUCUUCGUCCAUUUCUCAGAAUCGAAAAAAACCAUUCUUUUCUACUUUCUCCACCUUUUCGAUUCAGCCUGCAAGCAAGUUUCUUGGGAAGAAAUUGCUUACCGAGAACCGAAAGGGGAAACUUUUGAAUCGAAAUCUCCAUGCUGUUCCUGUGCAGAUGACAGCUCUGAUUAGUAAAGCUAUGAGGUGGUGGGAGAAGGGGAUUCAGCCGAACAUGAAGGAGAUUGAUUCAGCUCAGGACCUUGUGGAUUCCUUGUCGAAAGCUGGUGACAGGCUUGUUGUUGUGGACUUCUUCUCUCCCGGCUGUGCUGGUUGCAGAGCCCUGCAUCCAAAGAUAUGUCAAUUUGCCGAAAGGAACCCAGAUGUUCUCUUUCUACAAGUGAAUUAUGAGAUGCAUAAAUCCAUGUGCUAUAGUUUGAACGUUCAUGUUCUUCCCUUUUUUAGGUUUUACAGGGGAGCGAAUGGUCGUCUUUGUAGCUUCAGCUGUACUAAUGCCACUAUAAAGAAAUUUAAGGACGCAUUAGCUAAGCAUAACACUGAAAGGUGCAGCCUUGGACCAACAAAAGGGUUGGAAGAAUCUGAACUGUUAGCUUUAGCUGCAAAUAAGGAUCUGUGCUUCAGCUAUACCAAGGAGGAGGAACCUGUGUUUUCUGCUGCUGAAGUUAAGGAUCCGGUUUCCUCCAUUAAAGAGCUCCCUCUUCCUCUGGUUUCAUUAUCCAGGCAAGAGUCUGAAGGCCAAGCUCUGGCUGCUUGUGGGAGAUGAGAUUCAAGUAAAUGAUGAUGGACUUUUAUGUAGAACGUUUCAUCUGUAUUUCUGUACAGUUU